UCGUUCACGAAUCGGACAGCACUGUCAAUCAGGACUGCGGAGCUACAUCUUGCUUUUUCUGUAGCUAGUACACAGUUAGUCUUAUUUUUUCACCAUGCCUUUCUCUGAAUUAUAUUUUAAUGUGGAUAAUGGUUAUCUGGAGGGGCUGGUGAGAGGUUUUAAGGCUGGUAUUUUAUCUCAGGCGGAUUAUUUGAACCUUGUUCAAUGUGAAACUCUGGAAGACCUGAAGCUUCAUUUGCAGAGCACUGACUAUGGAAGUUUCCUGGCCAAUGAAGCCUCCCCCCUCACUGUCUCCGUCAUUGAUGACAAACUAAAAGAGAAGAUGGUGGUUGAGUUCCGCCAUAUGAGGAACCAGUCUUAUGAGCCUCUGGCCAGCUUCAUGGAUUUCAUCACAUACAGCUAUAUGAUUGACAACGUCAUCCUGCUUAUCACUGGAACUCUGCAUCAGCGGGCCAUCUCUGAGCUGGUGCCCAAGUGCCAUCCGCUUGGCAGCUUCGAACAGAUGGAGGCCGUUAACAUUGCCCAGACUCCAGCAGAGCUCUAUAAUGCCAUCCUGGUGGAUACACCACUUGCUGCUUUCUUUCAGGACUGCAUCUCUGAGCAGGAUUUGGAUGAGAUGAACAUUGAAAUAAUUCGGAACACCCUUUACAAGGCGUAUCUCGAAGCUUUCUACAAGUUCUGUUCCUCACUGGGGGGAACAACCGCAGACACCAUGUGUCCAAUUCUGGAGUUUGAGGCAGACAGAAGGGCUUUCAUCAUUACCAUUAACUCCUUUGGUACGGAGCUCUCCAAAGAAGACCGAGCGAAACUUUUCCCUCACUGUGGCAAGCUCUACCCAGAGGGUCUAGCACAGCUAGCCCGCGCAGAUGAUUACGAGCAGGUCAAAGCUGUCGCUGAGUACUACCCUGAAUACAAGCUUCUCUUUGAGGGUGCUGGCAGCAACCCAGGAGACAAAACCCUUGAGGAUCGCUUUUUUGAACACGAGGUGAAACUUAAUAAGCUGGCCUUCCUGAAUCAGUUUCAUUUCAGCGUGUUCUAUGCCUAUGUCAAAUUGAAGGAACAAGAGUGCCGGAACAUUGUGUGGAUUGCAGAGUGUAUCGCCCAAAGGCACCGGGCUAAGAUUGACAACUACAUCCCCAUAUUCUAAUGGUACAUAAUAUCAGUCUUGAAUAAUGAUCCACAUGGCAUGUAUUAACUGUACUCUGUUAUGUUGAUUCUGAAAAUGAUGAUUCUGUCUCCUCCCUGUUUCUUGCACUAUGCCACUCUUACCUUUCAUUGUGAUUGUCUUUAUUAGAGUAAAUUAUCGUUUGUUUUUGUCUGACAGACAAAGCAAUGCAGUUAGCAUUCCAUCUCAAAACUUAGGAUUUUUUUAAAUGAAAAGUUUUAUAAAAGUAGUCAAUGUUAUUUUGCUUCAUAAUAUUAUGACUGUGUAACAAUGUCACCUAGAAACCAAUCACAGCCCUUUGCAAGUAAAUAAAUGCAGGGAGUUACAGGAAAACAGGAGAGUUUAUGUUUUAGUGAAACAUAACUAAAGAGAGAUCUAUUGUCAUACUCUUCCUGUGUAAGGCUAAGAAAACAUGCAUUCCAUCAUUAUUGUUUAUGCAUUGAAUACUUUUUCAAUUAAUGUACAUUUUCAGAUUAUAAACUCCCUGAACUCGGGAUCUUAGAGGAUCCAGUAUCCACAUCUGAUGAGGCUUAGAUAACCACUGCUAAUCUAGACAGCUGUCCUUAUUCAUGAAACAAGCAGAAUGAAUUUCAGUAUAAAUUUUACAUACAAGCUUUUUUGUGUAAAUUGUUGGAUUCAAUGCAACAACACGGUUUACGUAAGCAUGGAUUUAUAAUUGAUUUACAGAGAAAUUGUUUUCCAUGUGUUUCAUGAAUACGGAACAGUAGGAUUAUCCUUAUAAAAAAGAGAAAUGUGGGCGAUUUACACGAAAAUGUUUUUUUGUGUUUAGAUUGUUCAUAAUGUAUGUUUGUUAAAAUGAGAAUUGUGUGCUUGCCAUUUGUAAAUUUGUGCUGACAUAAUUUAUGGAGUAGAUCAUAUUUCAUGAUUGACAGCUGAAUUGGUGAGGUCUAAUGGAUCUAGUAUUAAGAAAGACCAUGCCCUCUUGCAAUGUAAAAUCUAUUGUACUGUUGUAACCAUAAUGUUUGUGUUUUAAGUGAUCUAAAUGAAGUCUAUAUAUAUA